AAGAAUUGCAGAAGCAAUUUCUUGUAUCACCGCAAGUCGAGUCAUACAGUUCUGCUGCCGGCGGAGGUAGCAGAAGGGGACGAGAGAAAAAAGUGGCCAGACCAGAAGAACGUGCCUUUGUGGCCAAGAAUGCCAGCAGGAAGUACCUUAUCAGGGAACAUGCCUCCGAACACCCGAGGGCUCUGGGACCGUCUGCGUCAUGCGCCUCCCGACGGCUCUGGCAACUGAGGUAGGGAAGUGAUCUUAGGCAGGCGUCCCAACCCACAGGUCUUCACUCUGCCCCAUGCGCCGCGUCGGGAAUGGAGAUGCUGUCUUAAUGCUUCAGCCUAGGCAAAAAGGGUCAUGCCCACAACCCCUAGCCUAGCAAUUUCAAGCGUUCUGCGCAAGAAUUUAGCAAAGUUCGCCUGGUGCUCUACUAUCCAUGAAGGAGCAUCUCAUUUUCUGGGUCUUCUGUUCCCUAGUGGGGAGUUCACUGACAGAGAGACGGACAUUCGUUCUACAAGCAACCUUUUUGUCCACCAACUUUGAAAAUAUCUUCACGUGGGAAAGCAGGGGAGAGACGCCCCCAGGGACGGUAUAUUAUGUACAAUACAAGAGAUAUGGGGAAGAAUGGCAGGACAAAAUCGGAUGCCAAAACAUCACACAGCGCUUCUGCAACCUCACCCGGGAAACUGAAAACUUCACCGAGCGCUUCCACGCCAGGGUGAGAGCCGUCGUCCAGAACUGCUGUGCCUCUGUGUGGGUCCAGUCUCUGAGGUUCUGCCCGCGUGAGGACACUACUAUGGGAAAACCUGAGGUAAAAUGCGUCCCAAGCACUCAGUCUAUAAAGUUUUUUAUCCACCCUCCGUACACACCUCUGAGGGAUGAGGAUAACCAGCCCCUGACUGUGGUGGAUAUUUUCAGCCAAUUCGGUGACGUCACGUAUGAAAUAACGAUGUUCUGUCCAAAGACACAACAGAAGUGGAUAAAAACUCUGAGCACACAAGAAUUUGAAAUCUCUGAUUUGGAUCCUGAUACUGAAUACAAUGGAACAGUCUGCAUCAAAUAUGUGGACAAAGUCAGCAAGCCUUAUGUGUUUCGAGUAAGGACGUCACCAGACCGCACCUGGCUGCCAUAUUUGUUCACAGUGAUCCUAUUUAUGAUAAUAUUAAUCUUUGGAACAAUAUGUUACUUGAUUUACAAGUAUAUCAAACAGUAUGAUGCAGAGCAGCCCACAGCUUUGGAUUUCAAGAAUCUUUCUCGUUUCCAACCUCUCGUACCAAAAGCGGAGCAUUUUCUGAUCCCGUGUGAUGUAUCCAAAUCGGUUCAACACAUUCUGGAGAUGCAGCCGACCCCACAGAUCAACCCGCAGCCUUUGAGCCAUCAGGAACACCGGAAAUUAUUCAGCGGGACGGAAACCGCUUACCAGCAGCAGGCCACGGUGCCUCCUUUCCCGACUUUUGCUCAGACUGUGGCUGAAACGGAUGAUCUCCCGAGAGGUUAUGCCCCACAAGUGACGAAGAACAAUCCGCCCUCCCCCUUAGAGAGCAAUCCUUUGACUUUAACGUAUGGGCUAUGCGUUGAAAGCACCAGCUGCAUCGACAAGGCUGGUUCUUCACCUAACCAAGCCGGGAAGCGCAAUUCUUUUCCUGAGGAUUCUGUCAACAAUGGACCCUACCAAGCACAGAAACCAGAACACAGUCGAGGAGGAGAAUGGGUAAACCAGGCACAACAGGAGUUUACAGUAGAUCACACAGGAAAAAAACAAUGUUUGAUGCUUCAGGAAGACACACGACGGUUAUUACCACAGCUUCUGUCGUCUCUGGAAGAAAAGGCAUGUGACACAGCAGCGGACAGUACAGGAAGCUAUAGAAAGCAACCUAAGGAAUUGUUACCAUUGGCACUCACCCAGAAUGCCAUCUUAGAAAGCAACCCUCUCUUGAUAGGUGGGCCGCCAUCUUUAAUUUCCCAUGAUCCCCCCAAUAAACUCUGUCAAGAUCACAGCACCAUGCAGUGGACAGGCUGGGAUUCCUUAGCCUGGACUGAGAAGCAGUGGGCGCCUUUCGGAUGCCCAACCAAAGACUGUAUCACGCCGGCAAGCAAAGGGUUGACAAGAGAAGAUGAACCCUUUGGUGCAACACCAGAAAACCCUUUGGACUCUGCCCCAAACAAGGGACUCUUUACAGACCUCUUCAAAGACUUGGAACUAAAAAUCCAGUGGAACUACGGGACAGAGGGAAGCGGUCCAGUUUAAUAGGAAAGGCAUGGAAUAUAGAAAUCUAUCCCACCCCCAAGAAAAAGUGAAAGGGGUAUGAGCUUCCCCAUCUGUUCACAAUUCCAAUUCAUGAAAGGGGGAAAAAAUAGGAAACCCACAGUCUGGUUUCGUAAAGCUGAUUUCCUCUUUUGGUAUCAGAUUAAACCCUGUUAGAACACUUCCUUCUGUAUGGCGCUUCCCUCUCACAUAUGUUUCACGCCUUCUCACAAGGAAUCAAGCCAGGACGCAGAAGUAUGAGCUAAAACAAAACUGGCGAUUCCUCAACAAUUUCAAAGAACUUGUUUCCAGGAUUCUUUGGCUGAAAAACCAUUAUAAUUUAAACCGUUUAAAACAGGCUUGAGAGCCAGUGUUGUGUAGGCAGACCCUUGGGUGGACUCAGGAGAUCUGGAUUCCAGUCCCUGCUCAGCCGUGGAAACUCAAUGUGGGGCCAUAAUAAAGCCCCUUCUUAAAUAUCUCACCUAGUUUGAAAACCAUGUCAGGGUGGUUCGAAAUCAGAGGACAAACAUACACACCCCAAAACCACAUGACUCCUGUGCAAUUGAAAAUGGACUUCAAAAACCAAGAUCUAGCUACCUAUUUGUUUUAACUGUGUAAUGUAGUAACCUGAUUUUAUGCUAAAGGUGAGGUCUCUGGUGGGGGCUUCUCCCCAGGCUGGGUCAUGGUGUUGAGACAACCUGCGUCCGCCAUAAAUAAGACACUGGAAAAAUAUUUCUCUUAGCAAUCAAGGGAAAGAAGGAGAUUUCAAUUGCUAACAGAAAAUAAUAGCUUUCAAGUUGAAGGGCAGGUCACGGCUGUUCCUACAUAGCAAAUAAUCUCCUCCAUCCCUUCAGUUCCUUUAAAUGUAGAGCAAAAGAAGAGUUGAUGCCAAAGUAAAAAACAUCCUUACUUGCUUUCCCCUGGCCUGUGGUUUUGGAAAAUAUUUAAUUUUUGCAGUGAAGCUGGGUUAAAUUCUUCACACGGAGAGGCAGAGACGUUCUGAACAGUAGCCGUGAAGCUCCAUUCAGAGGACCUUUUCUUGAUGGGAUUCACUGCAUGCAGGGCUGUCACGAGGGGUGGGCGACUGGGGUUUUGACCCACAGCACCCAAGUCUGGAGGGCACCCAAAUCUAGAGGUAAAUCUACUACUGGUGCAUGUUACAAAAUAAAUGACCAUACCUCCCAGCCCUAUUAAUGCUCUCUCGCUCUCUCUCGCUCUCUCACACACAAAAAAUAAGCCUUAUCUUUCUUUUGGGGGCUUAUCGCAUUCCCUUCCUUGUUCUUCAUGGGGGGCUCACCCCCAUUUCUCUGUGCAGAGUGGGUGAGAGAUGCCCCAUGUGCCAACAUGGCGAGUUACAGUUCUUUCCUGUCAGACCAGUUAUUAAUAUCUUUGGAAAAGUCUUUUCUCUCCAGGUCACACUAAAUAUGCAAAAAAAAUAAAAUAUGGCUGUUUGUCAUGGCAUGUGAUUUUUCCACAGCUACACAUCCUGCAUCCAGUGAGUUUUGAAGAUUAGCUUUGGGAGGGAAAAUAAACUUGCAUGCUAUCAAGUCAGUUCUGACUGAUGCUGACCUUUUUCUGGGGUUUUCUAGGUAA